AUGGCUGAGAUUUAUAACACGGAUCGCUUCGCUGAGCUCUACUAUCCAUCCAACACAGCCGAUCUCUUGCAUCUAGGCCUGGCCGCGAGAUUCGUCGCGGCCUUGUUCGAAUCAAAUCAUGUCACUUACGCCUUUAUCGGAGGAUGGGCCGUGUAUUUGCGGGGUGGUCGCCGCCGCACCCAGGAUAUCGACAUCACAGUUGCCACGUCGAUGGACCAUUUGAAACAGAUUUUGACUGUCCAACCCCGUAUUCAUUUCCCGGCUAUCCAUGGCCGAACCGCCGUUCAAAUAUUCAUUGACACCGGCCGCAGUGUCGACGGGGAGUUUCCCCACGUUCCUGAUUUAGCGGUCAGUAUGGAUAUUGUUAUUAGUGGAAACCUGGGCACACCAGAGGAUCUACAAUCUUCACGCGAACCUAUAAAUCCUCAAAGACCAACUCCAUUGGGAUCACCUGUCCUAGUUCUAGGCUUGGUCUUCCAGAUAUACGCAAAACUAUAUGCGUUCUCCAGGCGUGGAGAACAAGACAGUAAAGAUUUCAUGGACUUGGAAUUCCUCCUCACACAAUAUGCGGCUCAAAUACCAACAUUCCGAGACUGCUUUGAUAUCCAACAUCGGCAGUACUUCUGGAUGCAAUAUGCCUCGAAAUAUGCGACUUUCCCAGAUCAAGUAGAGAACAUGAGAGUUCUUCUUGGUCUUUGA